AUGCUCGUCGCCGCGAGCUCACUGCGCCCUGCGAGGGCCUUCGCGAUCCGCUUCCCGCCCGCAAUCCUCGCGCAAUGUUCCGCAACGACAGCUUCGUUCUCCUCCACCACUCGACCGACCAAGAUCCAGCGCACCGACCGCUCCUCCUUCGCGUCGCCGCCCACCAAGCCAGCCGUUAGAUAUGCUUCAUCCGCCCCUGGAGCAUCACCUGCGUCUGCUAACACCCAGUCCACAGCUAGUUCUGCAUCCUCAAACCCGCAGGCACAGCUGACAUGGAACGAUUUCCUCGCGCUGCGUCGAACCCGCCGGAAGAUCAGCGUUGCCGCGUCCAGCGUCAGUGCGAUCGCAACUACGUACGCGGGCCUCCAAGUCUUCAUCAACCAGGGCUACGACGCCGCGCUUUCGGCUAGCUUUGGCCUCGAUCCGCUCAUGGUGACGGGCUUGAGCACGAUCGGCAUGCUGGCUGUGGGAUGGCUUAUUGGCCCCUUCUUCGGCAAUGCCAUCUUCAAUAUGAGGUACAGGGCAAUUCGUGGAGAGAUUGAGCGCAAAGAGCGCGAGUUCUACAACCGCAUCAAGAGCCACCGCGUCGACCCGACCUCCUCAUCGAUGGCGAACCCCGUCCCCGACUACUAUGGCGAGAAGAUCGGCAGCGUCGCAGACUACCGUCGAUGGCUCAAGGACCAGCGGGCGUUCAAUCUCAAGAGGGGUGCAUACCAAGGGAGUAAGUGA